CCAAUCUUUUCCACAAACCACUCUUUACCUCAUACAUCCAAGCCUUUCGCUUCAUCCCACAAAAUGAAGGUCCUCACUCUCCUCCUGCCUCUUCUCUCCGCACCACUGGCCUUCGCCGCCCCUGGCGACUACGGCUAUGGCUAUGGAAACACCAAGACCGUGACGGCCACCGUCACUGUCACGAAAAACUACCCUCAACCUCCUAUCACCAAGACCAAGACCUUGACAGUGACCCAGCCCGCCGUCACCAAGACCAAAACGGUCUACAAGCACAAGCCCCCGGUCACCAAGACCGUCACCGUCACGCAGCCCCCAGUGACCAAGACCGAGACCGUGUACAAGCACAAGACUGUCACUGUGACGCAGCCCGCGAUCACCAAGACCAAGACCGUCACCGUCACAAAGACCGUGACCCAGCAUCCUCGCAAGACCUACGACAAGCCCGGCUAUGGCAACCCCGGCUACGGCAACGGUGGCGGCAAGGACAAGGACAAGGACGGAGACUACUAA